GUUCGCCUCGCCGACCUAUAAAAGUCAUAGCCAGGACAUCAUCGCACAGUAGAUCAGUGAUCAGUGUUUGUAUCGGACGGUGAUAUUUUAAAACAGAACAGACCAAAAUGAGAGUGUGCACGAUUGUGUUCGCGUUGUUGGUAGCCUUUGUGGCGAGUAUGGCGGCUGAGAACGGCCCUCUGAUGGCCGCCCUCCAGCCUGUGCCCGUAGACGAUACUGAAGUCAUGGUCGUCCAGCCACAAGGCGUCCGGGAGAAGAGGAGUGCAAUUCUUGGUGCUGGUCUGCUCGGCGCUGGUGCUCUGGGUCUUGGCGCUGCUGGUCUGGUUGGUGCCGGUCUGGUUGGAGCUAAGGCUGGUUUCGUUGGUGGUGCCCUAGCCGGUGGUCUGCUGUCCCACGGCAGGAGCUACGGUGGUGGAUACGGCGGUGGCUACGGAGGUUACUACGGUGGUGGCUACGGCGGCGGCUACGGCGGACACUACGGCGGUUACGGCGGCGGCUACGGAGGCGGCUACGGCUACGGUGGUCACGGACGUGUCUACAGGCGCUAUGGCUUUUACCAUUAACUCUAAAACAAUAUAACAUAGUAUCAUUUAAUGAUUAUUCAAUUUCACAACGACCACAAACACCUAACUACUUCACCCACAAUUGUGGUUAACUAAUACUAAUAUACUCCAAUAUAUCACCUUCAUAAAUACAUGACAUUGAACUGUUUAAUUUAUUCGAGUCAAUCAUUGUAAAAUAGCCCUUAUGUUAAAGUCUAUAAGUCACUUUCAAAUACCUAUUUAUGAAAUCUUAACAUAAAUAAAUACACAUACAUACAGUUCGAGCAGACUGAAAUAAAAAGGAUGUUCUGCAGCCGACA